AAAUCGCUCACCAAUUUUGAAAACCGACCGUUAUUUCUCCAACCUCUCCCGCGGAAAAAACAAAACACACCACCGAAGCAAGAAACGUCUUCAAAUGUCGAGAAUACCCUCACCAUUUCUCAAAAUCCAAUACGCUUUCAUCUUCUUUUUCCUCAUCACCAUACCCUUCCAUGUAAAUUCACAAUCUCCGGCGACUGACCUGACAGUUUUACUGAAGCUCAAACAACAGUGGGGCGAUCCACCGUUGAUCCAAUCGUGGAACGCCUCAUCCUCGCCUUGCGAUUGGCCGGAGAUUCAAUGCACCAAUGGCUCGGUCACGGGAAUAAUUCUUCGGGACAAGAACAUCACCAAAGAAAUCCCGGCGACAAUAUGCGAUCUCCAAAACCUCACUGAGAUCGACCUUAGUUUGAAUUACAUCCCCGGAAAGUUCCCUACAAUUCUAUACAAUUGCUCCAAUCUCCGAUACUUAAACCUCUCUCAGAACUACUUCGCCGGCUCGAUUCCGGCCGACAUCGACCGGAUUUCCACUCUAAGGUGCCUGGAUAUCGGCGCCAACAGCUUCACAGGAAAUAUCCCGCCGUCAAUCGGCCGGUUACCGGAGUUACAGAAGUUGUAUCUCUACCAAAAUGAAUUCAACGGCACCGGCACUUUCCCUGCGGAAAUCGGAAAUUUGUCGAAUCUUGAGUAUUUAGGCAUGGCGUAUAACAACUUCGUGCCGUCGGCGAUACCGCCGGAGUUCGGGAAGUUGAAGAAAUUGAAGUUUCUUUGGAUGAGGGAGACGAAUUUGAUCGGCGAAGUACCGGAAAGUUUCUCGAAUCUCUCGAGUCUCGAACACUUGGAUCUCACGUUCAACGAUUUACACGGCGUGAUUCCUCCGGGAUUGUUCUUGUUGAAGAAUCUGAGUAUUGUGUAUCUAUACAAGAAUCGAUUAUCAGGUGAAAUUCCUCCGUUGAUUGAGUCGUUGAAUUUGAUCGAAAUUGAUAUUUCUAGGAACAAUUUGACCGGUUCGAUACCUGAAGAUUUCGGAAAAUUACAGAACCUAACGAUUUUGAAUCUGUAUUUGAAUCAAUUUUCUGGUGAAAUUCCGCCAAGCAUCGGCCUAUUACCGAAUCUGAAGCAUUUUAGGGUUUUCAGUAACAAUUUGAGUGGAGUUUUGCCACCUGAAUUUGGGUUUCACUCGAAGCUCGAAGCUUUCGAGGUUUCACAGAACGAAUUCACCGGAAAAUUACCUGAGAAUCUGUGCGCCGGAGGGUCUCUGACAGGCGUGGUCGCUUUCUCCAACAAUCUCACCGGAGAAAUCCCCAAAACGCUCGGAAACUGCGAUACUCUUCGCGCGGUUCAGCUCUAUAGCAACAACUUUUCCGGCGAGGUUCCUUUAGGUCUCUGGACUUCAUUGAAUUUAUGGAUGUUGAUGCUAAGUGACAACUCAUUUUCCGGUGAGCUUCCGAGCAAGUUAGCUUUGAACUUCUCGAGGUUGGAGAUGAGUAACAACAAGUUUUCGGGUCAAAUCCCAGUUGGGGUUUCUUCUUGGUUGAGAUUGGUUGUUUUUGAAGCCAGCAACAAUCAGUUUUCCGGCGAAAUUCCGGUGGAGUUGACCGCCCUUCCUCAACUCAACACUUUGUUGCUCGACGGUAAUCAACUGACCGGUGAAUUUCCAUCAAAGAUUUUGUCAUGGAAGUCUCUAACCAAUCUGAAUCUUGCUAGGAACAAACUCCAUGGCCAAAUUCCGGCAUUGAUCGGUUCAUUGCCGGACAUUCUUGAACUAGACUUGUCGGAGAACCAGUUUUCGGGUCCAAUUCCACCUGAAUUAGGCCUUUUGAAGCUCACUUCUCUCAACUUGUCCUCCAACCAACUCUCCGGUGAAAUCCCAAAUGAUUUUGAUAAUAUGGCAUAUGAAAACAGUUUCUUGAACAAUACCAAUCUUUGUGCUAGAAACCCAAUUUCAAAUCUCCAUAGUUGUUUUACCAGAAGCAGUGAAUCCAAAAAGUUAUCGCCGAGGAUUGUUGCUAUGAUGAUAGUUUUGGGGGUACUUGCUUGCUUAGUUACUGUUUUAUUGACCUUGUGUGUGAUCAGAGACUACAAGAAGAAGAAGCAGAGAUGCAGAAUCGCGACAUGGAAGCUGACCUCAUUUCAGAGGUUGGAUUUUACAGAGGCCGAUGUUCUGUCCAGUUUGACAGAAAAUAAUUUGGUUGGAAGUGGAGGGUCAGGGAAGGUGUAUCGGAUUGCUGUCAACCGUUUGGGUGAUCGUGUUGCAGUGAAGAGGAUUCAGAACAACAGAGAAUUAGACCACAACAUGGAGAAGGAGUUUUUGGCUGAGGUUCAGAUACUGGGAAGCAUUCGACAUUCGAAUAUAGUGAAGCUACUGUGCUGCAUUUCGAGUGAGGAUUCGAAACUGCUCGUCUACGAGUACAUGGAGAAUCAGAGUCUUGAUAGAUGGCUGCGUGGGAAGAAGAGGAUUGGGGACUCAUCGGUGAAUAGUCUUCUAGCUCAGCAUGUUGUCUUGGAUUGGCCGAAGAGGUUGAAGAUUGCCAUUGGAGCUGCACAAGGCCUGUGCUACAUGCACCAUGACUGCUCUCCAUCCAUCAUUCACCGGGACGUGAAGUGUAGCAAUAUAUUGCUGGAUUCUGAGUUCAAAGCAAGAAUUGCUGAUUUUGGCCUGGCCAAGAUUUUAGUCAGGCAUGAUGACCCUAACACAAUGUCUGUUGUUGCUGGCUCAGUUGGUUAUAUUGCCCCAGAGUAUGCUUAUACGACGAAAGUGAAUGAGAAGAUCGACGUUUACAGCUUUGGUGUUGUGCUUCUGGAAUUGGCGACGGGAAGAGAAGCCUGUGAUGGAGAUGAGCAUACAAGCCUUGCAGAAUGGGCAUGGCGACACCACGGCGAGGGAAACUCUGUUGCUGAUGCAUUAGAUGAGGAAAUCAAGGAACCAGGUUACUUGGAAGAAAUGUCAACAAUGUUCAGACUAGGUCUCAUAUGUACGACCAGGUUACCCUCCUCUAGGCCUUCCAUGAAAGAGGUUUUGCAGAUUCUUCGGCACUGCCAAGUAUCUCAACAGUUACAAGCCCGGUAAAAAUGUAUCAGAUGGACUGCGCUGAUCAAGCAUCUAUAUGAGUAUUUGCUGUACUAAACUUAUGGUUAAAAGACACAGUUUUUUCUUCUUUUUCUUAA